GAGAAGCCAUCUUGUAGUUGAAGGAAAGCAGCAGGACGGAAACCAGACUUCCCCCCCACGGUUCCCUAAAGGUCACGGAUAAAGAAUGAAAAACCGGGACUAGUUAAGCCAAGGAGAGAAGAGCAAGUGUUCCCGGAAGGGGGCGCGAUGUGUUGAGGUUAACAAAGAGAAAGACAGCUGCGGGGUCAGCUAAGGUCUCCGCUUUCGCUACCGACCCAGACUGCUCACCUUCACAAACUCACGUUUUCCUCAAGCGGCACCCUCGGCAGCGCUCAAGUGAGAGUAUUCCAUCCUUGGAAUACUCCGAGAAGGUUCGAGCCAGAAGCUGGAUUGCCUGAAAUGCCGCUUCCAGCGCACUAAGUAACUUGAACUGCGCUAAGCAACUGGCCAGAAUUGGUUUGGUUUGGUUUGACCCUGGGGUUCCUCCGUAGUCUGUAAGUGGAGUUGCGAACUCAACCCCUUCUCCAAGGCGGGAGUGUUUCUAGGAGGGAACAUACUUCCCCUUAAAGGAAGAUCACGUUGCUAAAGUAAAAAAUUUGAAGGCGCCCUAUGUGUAGAACACUUACGUUCUUGGCUUUCUGGCCACUAUAAAGAUGGGUCGGGAAUGGCGCCAGCUACGUUAAAAAGUAACGUGCAGGAAUGGUUCAGUUGCCCGGUGUUGACCAGAGUAGAGAUGGGUUUGCCCACAAAAAAAAUGGCGCCGAAACAUGUCAAUCCGCACAAUCACGUGUUCACAAACCUGGAUGAGAGAUGGUAUGGCUUCAGAUGACAAACGGAUGUUAUUAUUCUUUACUUCCGGGUGAGACAAAUCGGGCGCCAUCUUGUCUUGUUCCCGAAGAAGUAGAAGCAUCGAAAGCGUUGGAGAGGUGUUACCGGAACGGCGGCGACAAGGGUGUUCCCGAGCUAGAGUGGGGCAUACAUAAUCUUGCUGCUAUGCUUCGAAGCUGUAGUCUGAAUCAACCUAAGUUUUAAACAGAAGGUGAACCUCUGAGAUAGAAAAUCAAGUAUAUUUUAAAAGAAGGGAUGUGGGAUCAAGGAGGACAGCCUUGGCAGCAGUGGCCCUUGAACCAGCAACAAUGGAUGCAGUCAUUCCAGCACCAACAGGAUCCAAGCCAGAUUGAUUGGGCUGCAUUGGCCCAAGCUUGGAUUGCCCAAAGAGAAGCUUCAGGACAGCAAAGCAUGGUAGAACAACCACCAGGAAUGAUGCCAAAUGGACAAGAUAUGUCUACAAUGGAAUCUGGUCCAAACAAUCAUGGGAAUUUCCAAGGGGAUUCAAACUUCAACAGAAUGUGGCAACCAGAAUGGGGAAUGCAUCAGCAACCCCCACACCCCCCUCCAGAUCAGCCAUGGAUGCCACCAACACCAGGCCCAAUGGACAUUGUUCCUCCUUCUGAAGACAGCAACAGUCAGGACAGUGGGGAAUUUGCCCCUGACAACAGGCAUAUAUUUAACCAGAACAAUCACAACUUUGGUGGACCACCCGAUAAUUUUGCAGUGGGGCCAGUGAACCAGUUUGACUAUCAGCAUGGGGCUGCUUUUGGUCCACCGCAAGGUGGAUUUCAUCCUCCUUAUUGGCAACCAGGACCUCCAGGACCUCCAGCACCUCCCCAGAAUCGAAGAGAAAGGCCAUCAUCAUUCAGGGAUCGUCAGCGUUCACCUAUUGCACUUCCUGUGAAGCAGGAGCCUCCACAAAUUGAUGCAGUAAAACGCAGGACUCUUCCCGCUUGGAUUCGCGAAGGUCUUGAAAAAAUGGAACGUGAAAAGCAGAAGAAAUUGGAGAAAGAAAGAAUGGAACAACAACGUUCACAAUUGUCCAAAAAAGAAAAAAAGGCCACAGAAGAUGCUGAAGGAGGGGAUGGCCCUCGUUUACCUCAGAGAAGUAAAUUUGAUAGUGAUGAGGAAGAAGAAGACACUGAAAAUGUUGAGGCUGCAAGUAGUGGGAAAGUCACCAGAAGUCCAUCCCCAGUUCCUCAAGAAGAGCACAGUGACCCUGAGAUGACUGAAGAGGAGAAAGAGUAUCAAAUGAUGUUGCUGACAAAAAUGCUUCUGACAGAAAUUCUGCUGGAUGUCACAGAUGAAGAAAUUUAUUACGUAGCCAAAGAUGCACACCGCAAAGCAACGAAAGCUCCUGCAAAACAGCUGGCACAGUCCAGUGCACUGGCUUCCCUCACUGGACUCGGUGGACUGGGUGGUUAUGGAUCAGGAGACAGUGAAGAUGAGAGGAGUGACAGAGGAUCUGAGUCAUCUGACACUGAUGAUGAAGAAUUACGGCAUCGAAUCCGGCAAAAACAGGAAGCUUUUUGGAGAAAAGAAAAAGAACAGCAGCUAUUACAUGAUAAACAGAUGGAAGAAGAAAAGCAGCAAACAGAAAGGGUUACAAAAGAGAUGAAUGAAUUUAUCCAUAAAGAGCAAAAUAGUUUAUCACUACUAGAAGCAAGAGAAGCAGACGGUGAUGUGGUUAAUGAAAAGAAGAGAACUCCAAAUGAAACCACAUCAGUUUUAGAACCAAAAAAAGAGCAUAAAGAAAAAGAAAAACAAGGAAGGAGUAGGUCGGGAAGUUCUAGUAGUGGUAGUUCCAGUAGCAAUAGCAGAACUAGUAGUACUAGUAGUACUGUCUCUAGCUCUUCAUACAGUUCUAGCUCAGGUAGUAGUCGUACUUCUUCUCGGUCUUCUUCUCCUAAAAGGAAAAAGAGACACAGUAGGAGUAGAUCUCCAACAAUCAAAGCUAGACGUAGCAGGAGUAGAAGCUAUUCUCGCAGAAUUAAAAUAGAGAGCAAUAGGGCUAGGGUAAAGAUUAGAGAUAGAAGGAGAUCUAAUAGAAAUAGCAUUGAAAGAGAAAGACGACGAAAUCGGAGUCCUUCCCGAGAGAGACGUAGAAGUAGAAGUCGCUCAAGGGAUAGACGAACCAAUCGUGCCAGUCGCAGUAGGAGUCGAGAUAGGCGUAAAAUUGAUGAUCAACGUGGAAAUCUUAGUGGGAACAGUCAUAAGCAUAAAGGUGAGGCUAAAGAACAAGAGAGGAAAAAGGAGAGGAGUCGAAGUAUAGAUAAAGAUAGGAAAAAGAAAGACAAAGAAAGGGAACGUGAACAGGAUAAAAGAAAAGAGAAACAAAAAAGGGAAGAAAAAGAUUUUAAGUUCAGUAGUCAGGAUGAUAGAUUAAAAAGGAAACGAGAAAGUGAAAGAACAUUUUCUAGGAGUGGUUCUAUAUCUGUUAAAAUCAUAAGACAUGAUUCUAGACAGGAUAGUAAGAAAAGUACUACCAAAGAUAGUAAAAAACAUUCAGGCUCUGAUUCUAGUGGAAGGAGCAGUUCUGAGUCUCCAGGAAGUAGCAAAGAAAAGAAGGCUAAGAAGCCUAAACAUAGUCGAUCGCGAUCCAUGGAGAAAUCUCAAAGGUCUGGUAAGAAGGCAAGCCGCAAACACAAGUCUAAGUCCCGAUCAAGAUCAACAACCCCUCCCCGUCGUAAACGCUGAGGAAUGAUGUGGCAAGAAUGCCAUGAUGUUCUUUAAAAAAAUUCCAUGAGUUUUAAGGGCUUGUCUCAUUAUAGAGGCACAUUGUGGCUGUGUAGGUGAAACCAGAAUCUUUUUUUUUUUUAAUCUGUAAAUAGGUGUACUUUUUCCAAUGCUGCUCCAAGUUACUUAAUAGGAUUUCUUUGUAUUACGUUUUUUUCAAAAAAUAUAGUGCAUAAUAAGACUAUAAACAUGCCAUUCUCUUUCAGCUGUAAUGUUCUUAAAAUUAUUCUUGAAUGUACUGUGAUGUCAAUAAAGCUCUUUAGUUCAUUUUUGUUAAA